AUGAUGAUGAGUGUAUACAUUUCCAUUUAUGCACUGAUCUUAUGCACCAUUUUGGGUGCUCCUCUAUAUGACCCACCUGCAUUAUCUAAUUCCAUACAGUCAAGACCAGAAGACAAAGGAUUGAACUUAAGUAUUCUGUGCGGCAAAGAUUAUGUUCUAAAAACAAUAAACAGCGUUCCAUUGUAUCGAAUAGUUAGUCAUUUCACUAAUUUCACUGAAGAAAAAGAAUCAAAAGUACACGACUUAAACAUUCCUUAUUCAAUGUACUAUACACACAUUUAUUUUGCUUGGAAAUCUGCUGAUCAGCUGAUAUCUUGUAUAACUCUAAAAGCAAACAGUUUGAAAAGUAGAUUGAAUGGUGCUAAUUUAGUUUUACCAUUAUCUAACCUGAAUGAUAUGUAUGCACCAGGUUUGAUAACAUCAGUUCUUGACUUUGUCACUAAAUGUUACGAAUGGGCUAAACCGCAUUCUCGAUCAAUAUCGUCUGGCUCAGCAUUUAUAUCGACGCUUAGAGUUGCAGCAACCAAUGAAAUUAAUCGAGCAUUGAUUACAUACUCAACAGAACAGUUUUUAAGAGCAACAACUCAUGGGUCAUAUCAUUUUGUUUGGGAGAAAAAUACACAAAUGAGGCAAUUUAUGAAAGAAUUGAAUUAUGAACAAGUUGCAUGUGGCGGUAAUAGAUCAUCUUCCAAUCCAUGUGAUUGGACACUUAUGGGUUUGGAACCGGAAAAAGCUAAAGAGCAAUGUCUAUAUAGGAUUAAAUCAGAAAACGAAAAGCCUUAUCAACUUUGUAGAAAAAUGAAAAUUCUCUAUUGGUUAAUUGCAUUCAAUUGUUUACAGAAUGUUUUGUUUAUCGCUUGCGAGCAACAAGAUCGACUAUUCAUUUUCCCAUUACAAUCGAUCAUUUCAUAUAAAGCUGUUGAAUUUCUAACUAAUAAAUCAUAUGAAAUGGAAAAGAAAGUUAACUUUUUACCCUUACCAUAUGCAUCGUAUUAUACGCAUCUGUAUAUGGCGUUUAAAGCGGCCAGUAAAAAAUUAUCCCUCGUGAGUCUAAUUGAUAACAAAACUGAAAGUAAUGUCAAUGGUGCGAAUUUAGUUCUUCCUUUGAAAAAGUUAGAGGAUAUGUAUGCACCUAAUCCUAUUUCUAAUGUUCUGGAUUUUGUACGAGCAUGUUAUCGAAAGGUUGCUGGCGACAAAAUAAACAACACUUACAUAUCAACUAUGAGAUAUGCUAAUACUGAGAAAAUCAAUGAAGAAAUAAUUAAAUUUACUCAAAGACAAUUUAAAGAUCUUACACCAAAGGGUUCGCUUCAUCUACUCUGGGAGAAGAAAUCACAAUCUGAUCAAUUACUCAGAUCAUUCGACUACAAUUCAGUAGCUUGUGGAAAUAGUGAUGAUCAAGAUGGUUUGUGUGACUGGAAAAAUAUUGGAAUGCCACAGCAAGAUGCAAGUGACCAGUGUUUAUAUAAACUUGAAAAUACAAACUAA